AUGCAACAGAAAAGUCGCAAGGAAUUUCUCUCGUGUGUGGAUGUGACGGCCGUUCGCUCGUUCGGAUCGGUCGUCGUUAAUAGUCGUGCAGAGACCCCCUCCGAAAAUGGGUCUUUGAAAAAAACAGGUUGGGAGGAGGGAAAUGCGAGCAGCCGAGAGAGAGAGAAGAGGAAGAAAAAAAAAAAGUCGCACGCUGUGACCAGUACAGAAAAAAUGCCGUGGCGGAUGUUAUGUAGGGGCGUGGGCGUGGGGGAGGUACCUAAUGGAAGGUAUGGCAAAGGUAUGUGGCGGGCUCCUUGCGGGAUGGGCGCAAGCGGGCUGGAUCUUCUUCUUCUUCUUCGUCUUCGUCUUCUGCCUCUCAACUUCUCUAUUGUUUUGCUUGGCUUGGCCCUUGGGGCUCGUUCGCUCGUUUCUCCGCCGAAGACGCCAAGGUCACCCAGUUAG